AUGGACAACUAUAAAAGAUAUGGAAAAAUAUAUGGCACAUUUCUUGGCGAUCGACCCGUUCUAGUGGUGGCCGACCCCGAGUUCGUCAAAGAGAUGAAUAUAAAAGAUUUUCAUGUAUUUGUCGACCGCAAUGACUUCGUGACCGGAGAUCCACUUAACGACAGAUCACUGUUUAAUCUGUUGGGAGACGAGUGGAAGAAUAUGCGAUCAGUGAUAAGUCCGACCUUCUCGAGUGGCAAAAUGCGAGCAAUGCAUCCCAUUAUCAUUGAUUGUGUGAAGAGAUUAGAGGAGUAUUUGGAGAAAAAGGCCGCAAAUAAAGAAGAGUUAGAAAUGAAGAAAAUAAUGGGAAACCUGACGAUGGAUGUGAUCGCUUCGUGCGCUUUCGGCACUAAAAUAGACACUCAUAACGACCAAAAGAGAAAUGAAUUCAUAGUAAACGCACAGAAAGUGUUUCGCGGAAAUUGGAGGGUUUGGCUAUUCUUUAUCGGUGUAACCAGUUUCCCUAAAUUGGUCAAAUGGGCUGGAUUCCAACUAACUGACCCGGGUGUUCAAGGAUUCUUUAUGUCAGCGAUUAAGUCAAUUAUGGAUAGACGGAAGUCAGAGAAAACCAAACACAGAGAUUACAUACAACUCAUGAUUAACGCACAGAACAAGAGUGUGGAGACUGAUGAACAAGAAGUGGAUGACUUGAAUGAAGAGAUCUUCGGAAAGACUGAUCCGACAGAAGCCUUGAAAUUAACAAAUAAGACUAAAAUGGAUGUGACAGACAUCGACAUUCUGGCCACGAGUUUCAUAUUCUUUGUGGCCGGGUAUGAGACAACGGCGACACUCCUAUCGUUUUUGUUUUACAAUUUGGCGAUCAGUGAGAAAUGUCAACAAAAAUUAUACGAAGAGAUUAAAUCAUUUGACGGCAACUUUGAAUACGAGAGUAUCUCCAAAAUGCCAUAUUUGGAGGCAUGUGUUGCCGAAACACUCAGACUUUAUAAUCCAAUUUCAGCCGUUGGUAGACAAGCGUCAGAGGAAUACACUAUUGGUGAUACGGGUAUAACCAUUCCGAAGGGAACGCUUGUCAACUUUGACGUCCAGGUUCUCCACCACAGCCCUGAAUACUACCCAAAUCCUGAGGUUUGGGAUCCGGAGAGGUUUAUGCCUGAAAAUCGUGACCAAUUGGUUCCAUACACUUAUAUGCCGUUCGGAAUGGGGCCCAGAAAUUGUGUGGGAAUGAGGUUCGCCUUAAUGGAGGCCAAGACAGCCGUCGCUUAUUUGGUCACUAAAUUCAGAAUUAAGCGAACCAUCAAUACUACAGUUCCGCCAAAAAUUAAAAAUUAUUUAACCAAAAAUUUCAACUUCUGGAGCUCUCGUGGAGUGAAUGGCCCGAAACCUGUGGUGCUUUUUGGCACAUUUUAUCAAAACUUUUUCAAGUCGAUGCAAGAUGUUGCCCUGGACAAUAGUCGCAAAUAUGGAAAGAUAUAUGGCGGCUUUUUUGGUUCAAAACCAUUUCUAUUCAUAUCAGACCCACAACUCAUAAAAGAGAUGAAUAUCAGAGACUUCCAUAUAUUCACGGAUAGGGAUGAUUUCGUGACCGGGGAUCAACUAAACGACAGGAGACGAGUGGAAGGUCCAACCUUUUCGAGUGGGAAAAUGCGAUCAAUGCAUCCCAUUGUCAUCGACUGUGUCAAGCGGUUGGAGACACAUUUGGAGGCAUACCUACNAAUGCAUCCCAUUGUCAUCGACUGUGUCAAGCGGUUGGAGACACAUUUGGAGGCAUACCUACAAAAAGGCAGUCAUGAGAUUGAGCUCAAGAAGAAUAUGUCAAACCUAACGAUGGAUGUGAUAGCUCUGUGCGCCUUCGGCACCAAAAUAGACACUUACGGCGAGAAAAGGAGUGAUUUCUUGACGUACGCUCAGAAGAUAGUGAAUCCGUCGGCCAGGAUGUGGAUCCUAUUCCUCAUAGUCGUACAGUUCCCGAAUUUUCUCAAGUGGACAGGGCUAUCACUAAUGGACCCUGGUGCUUCCAGGUUCUUUCGAGCAGCUGUGCGAUCAAUUAUAUCGAGACGUCAAGCAGACAAAGUGAAACACAACGACUAUUUGCAACUUAUGCUGAACGCACAGAAUAAGACAUUAGACACGAGUGAUGAACCGGACAUCGAUGGAGACAAAAGUGAACAAAUCUAUGGACCGGUCGAUGGGCACAAGAAUCCCAUCGCAAGCAAAGUCAAGAUGGAUGUCACCGAAGUUGAUGUGUUGGCCUCGAGUUUCAUAUUCUUUGCGGCCGGUUAUGAGACAACCGGUUCUCUCCUAACGUUCCUCUUCUAUAGGUUAGCAUUGGAUGAGAAAUGUCAGCGAAGGCUAUACGAGGAAGUGAGUCGUUUUGAUGGCGACUAUAGCUAUGAAAAUCUCGUAAAAAUGACUUAUUUGGAGGCAUGUAUUGCCGAGACUUUAAGGCUCUAUAAUCCACUCGUUUUUAAUGAGAGAAUAGCGGCUGAAGACUAUAAAUUGGGCGACACCGGGAUUACUAUUCCAAAGGGCACUUUUGUGGACAUUGAUGUUUGGUCCGUUCAUCACAACCCCGAGUAUUAUCCAAACCCUGAUCGUUGGGAUCCGGAGAGGUUUAUGCCGGAGAAUAGGGACCAAUUGGUUCCAUACACUUAUAUGCCGUUCGGAAUGGGACCCCGAAAUUGUGUGGGAAUGAGGUUCGCCUUAAUGGAGGCCAAGACAGCGGCCGCCCAUUUGGUCAACAAAUUUGAAUUCUCGAGAACAGCCGACACUCCGACUGAACUCAAACCACAAAAAAUGCAAUUUUUACUUAAUUGUGGCGAAAUUAAAGUGGGAAUUAAGUCGAGAAAGUAAAAACAAUUAAUAAAUUGAUGAUACUGACUAGCUUG